AAGCGACAAGUGCAAAGGCGAAAAACUAUCGAAACAGACUCAAAAGAAACAAGAAAACGCAAUUGAAAAAUGGACACGAAAUUGGCGCAGGGUCAGUUUCCGGCCACGUUUCCGGAGACUUUCAAGAAUUUCUUCGAGAUGAUGAACGAGGACGAGGAUCACGUUGAGCUCUUUGCCAACCUGCUGGAGGAUAAGGUGAUACCGCGCCGGAGCCCAAUGCAUGCCCAGCGGCAGCGUUGCGGCGGAAGCCUGCGCAGCCAUCUCAACCGCCGGGCUGGGCAUGAGCACAUCCAGGCCCAGAUCCACGCGCAGAGCCAUGGCCGAGCGCAAGUCAUACCUCCCACCCAGGAUCAGAUCCAAGAGCAGAUGGCGAACCGCUCUCGCUCCCGUUCCCAGCAGAUCCGCUACUCGUGGCAGCAGCCCGUUGCUCCGCAGCAUCCCCAUCCGCACCCGGUGGGUGCUCCACGGAGCCGCAGUGGCAGCAGCGGCGACAUGAGCCGGUCCAUGGCCGUGGAUCAGGAGCUCGGGGCGAGCUCGGGCUACGCCCUGGGCCCACGAAGCCGCAGCCGGGGAAUGCGGCGCCGGAGCGUGUCGGGCGUCGACGAUCUGGGCGACUACGGCGGCGUGCUGAGCCACUGCUCCAGCACUGGCAGCAGCGUCGACAGCCUCGUCCACAGCCAGCUGAUGACGCGCAGCCCGAAGCACUCGACGUUGAGCAGUCGCGCGCCAAGGCCCAAGUUGCCGGCCGACAGUCAGCAGCUGCCGCCGACCGCUCCUGCUUUCCAGCAGCAGCAACAGCAGCAGCAGCAGCUGGACCAGGAUCAUCUGCAGCGCCACCAGCAGGCACGCGACCUGCAAAUGGAGUUGCACCAGCUGCGACUGGGACCCGACGGCGAGGACAACAGCGCCGGGCGGGCGCCCCAGAACUAUGCGAUGCCCCGCCUCCUGGCGGACAGCCCGAGGCGGCACUCGGUCAUAUUGGAGCGAUCAUACGACUUUGAUGCCAGCUUUGACGGCAGCGAUGGCACCGUGCCCUCGCCCGCUCCCCAGCAGCUGGCCUACAAUGUGCUGAGGCCGAUACUGAAGUCGCAGCAGCACCAGUCGCAGCAGCAACAGCAGCAGAUGCAGCAGCAACAGGACCAGCAACAGCAGCAACAGCAGCAACAGCAACAGCAGCAACAGCAGCAGCAACAGUUGCCGCCGCUAUCCCAGCAGCCGAGCACAUCGGCCCAGGCCCAUCUGCAUCGCAUAUUGCCGAUACCGCCCGUGGCACAGGGUAGCUACCAGCGCAUGCAGCACAGCCGCAGCAGCUUGCAGGGCGGAGUGCAGCGCAACACGAGCGCCGGCAGCUCGACGGCUGGCUACGGCUACAACAUGCAGAGCCAGCAAUCGCAGCAGUAUGAGCUGGGCGAGCAGCCGGAGCAGCAGCAGUACUACGCGGGCUACAGCCGGACGUACGGCUCGCAGGGGCUGCACGGCGAGGGCCGUUGGCGCGACGAGGAGCCGACCUCCUCGGCUGCAAUGGCAGCGGACCCCAUGCACAACAACUACCAGGAUUUUCUGCAGGCGGCUCCGGAUCCAGGACCCGGAGCGGGGCCGCCCAGUAUGAGAAUGCAGAGGUCACCAAAUAUGAAUAGACGCAGAAGCUCCUCGAUUGCAACUGGCGUGCUGCACGGCGAUCAUGGCUACGGCUAUGCCAACGACAACAAAAGUUACGCUGUCGAGCAACAACAGCAGCAACAGCAUCAACAACAACAACAGCAGCAGCAGCAGCCAGAGGAGGAGCACGUGGAGGAGGUGGAGGAGUUGUUUGCGUUCCCGAAUAACAGCAACAGGGAGCGGAUGACGCUGGCCAAGUCCCCGCUUGGUCGGGCCAUCGAGAGCGGCGUGCUGACCUUCCAUCAGGCGAUGAGCGGUGCGGUGUCGCCGCAGUACGCCGGGGUGGUCACAGGAGUCGGAGCAGGAGCUGGAGUGGGCUCGAGUGCCAGCGAGCUGGACAAGUGCCGCCUCGGCUCCAGCUCAGCCUUGGCGGCUGUGGCCGAGCACACAGCGGAGACAACAGCAGGAGCAGCUGCAACAGCAGCGCCAUCUGGCGGCGCAAACGCCACCAGCUCGACCACAGCCGGCUCCAGCGAUGAGGUGCACUCGCCCGUCGGCCACAGCAGGGCUCUGCAGCAGCAGUACCACUCGGUCAACAGCAACCAGCAGCGCGAGCGGGGCGUGGGCGAGUCGUCGGCCAGCGUUGGCUAUGGUAGCUCAGCCACCAUAGCCGUGGCCGUGCACAUGUCGGAGCGACAGCGUCUGCGGACGUCCAGCAUGCCGGCAGAGAGUCGCAAACCCCGCCUGGCGGACACGCGUCGCUCGGCGAUUCACUGUGGCGCGGAUGUCGAAAUGGAUUAUUAUCGCUUGCGCAGCUUCAGCAUUACAUCGCAUGGCGUUUGCAAUCUGGGCGAUUCAUUACGCAGCCGCAGGUCACGUUCUAUCAAUUCUGUGACAUCCAAUGGCACCUCGAACAGCGGCAAGGAUCGACACAAUAGCAAUGCGUCGGCCGACAUCCCGGAGGCAGAGGCGAGCAACGUCCAGCCGCACUCCCAGCGGGCCAACGGGGAACACAUUCCGGCGUACAAAAUCGCCAUGCUGGGCGGAUCCGGAGUGGGCAAGACAACGCUGACAUAUCAGUUCACCACCUCGGACUACAUCUGCGCCUACGACCUGAGCCUGGAUGAUGACUAUGGACAGAAAACGGUGUCCGUGCUGGUCGACGACAUUGAAACGGACUUGGAAAUUAUUGAUCAUCCGGCCUGCGAGAUGUCG